AAAUAAAUCAUAUAAAUAUUAUUAUAAUAAAAAAUGUCAGUAGAAUCAAAUAAAGUUAAAUUUUUCACUGCUAAAAACUGUACCGGUACUGGUGUUGAAUACACUGAAGGAGAUUCUGUUGCUUUUGAACCAAAUGAUCAAUAUAAUGAUAAAUUUUUAUCAUGUAUUAUUGGCACCAAUGUUUGGGUUAAUGCCUAUCAACAUAAUGAUGUUUAUAACCCAGAACCAGGAGCUCAUGAAGAAUUAAAAUCAGGUACCCACAACGAUUUAAGCAGUCUUAAUGGUCUCUCUAAAUUCCAAGUUUUAGGUAAUGAAUUUGGUUAUGCUAUUGAUGUAAAAUUAAUUGCCAGUGGUGAUUUAGUUUCAUCACCAGCAGGUACAUACAAAUUUACCAUUAUUCCAUAUCAAGUUUCAGCAGUAACCUGUUUAAAUGGUGACGAUUAUGUUCAAUGCCCAAUUCCAAAACUUAAUCCACCAAAUGCCGAAAUUGUCUGUCAAAUCAUUGUUGCCCAAACUGCUUGGCCAGGUGCUACUGUUGCCAAUGGUAGUGUUUACUUCCAAUAUGACCCAAGCACUGGUAUCUUAAAUUAUAGAAAAACCGAAGGUUUCCCAACCAAUAUGGAUGUUACCCAAAAUGGUAAAACUAAUUUUGAUUUCAAAAUUUUAAAAGAAACUGCUUAAUUUAUUGAUGAACUAUUAAUAUUAUUAAAAUAAUUAUAAAUUAAAUAAAAAUAUUAUUAUUAUUAUCUAUAUUAUUAAUAUUAUUAUUUAAAAUGCUU